AUGACGGGUCCCGAACGACGAUCUCAAUCUGGACAUCCGCUGCCCAGCCAUGGAGCGGACUUCUUCCUUUGCAGACACCCUACCCGGGUCGACCACCAGAUGGGGACCACAUCGGUCGUCCACAACCAGGACAACCCAUGUGACCCCACCACACCCUGGACCUACCCUCCAUUUCACAGUGACCCCACCACACCCUGGACCUACCCUCCAUUUCACAGCGACCCCACCACACCCUGGACCUACCCUCCAUUUCACAGUGACCCCACCACACCCUGGACCUACCCUCCAUUUCACAGUGACCCCACCACACCCUGGACCUACCCUCCAUUUCACAGUGACCCCACCACACCCUGGACCUACCCUCCAUUUCACAGUGACCCCACCACACCCUGGACCUACCCUCCAUUUCACAGUGACCCCACCACACCCUGGACCUACCCUCCAUUUCACAGUGACCCCACCACACCCUGGACCUACCCUCCAUUUCACAGUGACCCCACCACACCCUGGACCUACCCUCCAUUUCACAGUGACCCCACCACACCCUGGACCUACCCUCCAUUUCACAGUGACCCCACCACACCCUGGACCUACCUUCCAUUUCACAGUGACCCCACCACACCCUGGACCUACCCUCCAUUUCACAGUGACCCCACCACACCCUGGACCUACCCUCCAUUUCACAGCGACCCCACCACACCCUGGACCUACCCUCCAUUUCACAGUGACCCCACCACACCCUGGACCUACCCUCCAUUUCAUAGCGACCCAACCACACCCUGGACCUACCCUCCAUUUCACAGCGACCCCACCACACCCUGGACCUACCCUCCAUUUCACAGUGACCCCACCACACCCUGGACCUACCCUCCAUUUCACAGUGACCCCACCACACCCUGGACCUACCCUCCAUUUCAUAGCGACCCCACCACACCCUGGACCUACCCUCCAUUUCACAGCGACCCAACCACACCCUGGACCUACCCUCCAUUUCACAGUGACCCCACCACACCCUGGACCUACCCUCCAUUUCACAGCGACCCAACCACACCCUGGACCUACCCUCCAUUUCACAGUGACCCCACCACACCCUGGACCUACCCUCCAUUUCACAGCGACCCAACCACACCCUGGACCUACCCUCCAUUUCACAGUGACCCCACCACACCCUGGACCUACCUUCCAUUUCACAGUGACCCCACCACACCCUGGACCUACCCUCCAUUUCACAGUGACCCCACCACACCCUGGACCUACCCUCCAUUUCACAGCGACCCCACCACACCCUGGACCUACCCUCCAUUUCACAGUGACCCCACCACACCCUGGACCUACCCUCCAUUUCAUAGCGACCCAACCACACCCUGGACCUACCCUCCAUUUCACAGCGACCCCACCACACCCUGGACCUACCCUCCAUUUCACAGUGACCCCACCACACCCUGGACCUACCCUCCAUUUCACAGUGACCCCACCACACCCUGGACCUACCCUCCAUUUCAUAGCGACCCCACCACACCCUGGACCUACCCUCCAUUUCACAGCGACCCAACCACACCCUGGACCUACCCUCCAUUUCACAGUGACCCCACCACACCCUGGACCUACCCUCCAUUUCACAGCGACCCAACCACACCCUGGACCUACCCUCCAUUUCACAGUGACCCCACCACACCCUGGACCUACCCUCCAUUUCACAGCGACCCAACCACACCCUGGACCUACCCUCCAUUUCACAGUGACCCCACCACACCCUGGACCUACCUUCCAUUUCACAGUGACCCAACCACACCCUGGACCUACCCUCCAUUUCACAGUGACCCAACCACACCCUGGACCUACCCUCCAUUUCACAGUGACCCCACCACACCCUGGACCUACCCUCCAUUUCACAGUGACCCCACCACACCCUGGACCUACCCUCCAUUUCACAGUGACCCCACCACACCCUGGACCUACCCUCCAUUUCACAGCGACCCCACCACACCCUGGACCUACCCUCCAUUUCACAGUGACCCCACCACACCCUGGACCUACCCUCCAUUUCACAGUGACCCCACCACACCCUGGACCUACCCUCCAUUUCACAGUGACCCCACCACACCCUGGACCUACCCUCCAUUUCACAGCGACCCCACCACACCCUGGACCUACCCUCCAUUUCACAGCGACCCAACCACACCCUGGACCUACCCUCCAUUUCACAGUGACCCCACCACAGCCUGGACCUACCCUCCAUUUCACAGUGACCCCACCACAGCCUGGACCUACCUUCCAUUUCACAAUAAUUGA